GCAUCAGUGUCCCCCUAGCAGCCAAGGGAGGUGGUCGCAGUCGCUCCCGCUUUUCCUUCGCUCGCCCGAGUUUACUAAGUGUUAAUCCGGAAAGUCAAGUCUUGGCGGGUUGGUGGGUGGAGUCGCUUGGGGCUUGAAGUGUCCGGCGACUUAGAGGCGUAGACACAGACGCUCCUUGGCGGUAGUUAAUUGAAUUGUUAAGUUUGUUAGUGAAGUUAAAGUUACAUUGGCGGAGAGAGAGAGAGAGAGAGAAAGGAAAACGAGGAGGAAAAGUAACGGACGAAGAGAAACUAUAAGUACUGGAAACGAAUAAGAGGUAAAACAUUUUAUCCUUUUUUUUUUUUUGUCUAUUAUCAUCUCAUCUUCCUUCCUCUACCUCCUCACGGACACGGAAAACGAGAGAAAGAAAUAAACAGACGAGAAAUUAAACAGACGAAGAAUUUGAUAAGCAAAGAAACUACACUUAAUUUCCCAUCCUUUAUACCUCUAUCUGUACCUCCUUCCUUUGCUACGCUUCAAGAACACGAGAGGAAGAAAAAACUGACAGAAAACAUUAAGAAGAAAGACAGAAACGGGGAAAAUAUUAAAAAAACACUAGUUAAUUUCUCUGUUUUUGUAUAUCCUCUCCUUGCUUCACGACCAGGACAGAGAAUAGAGGAAGAGGACACGAGGACACGAGGACACGCAAUCAUGAUGUCCCAAAGAGUCUGACGCUUGGUGUGUGUCCUGUCCACCUCCACCCACUCACCUGUCUGUCAAUCACUCAGCUCGUGUCAACUUCAGUGGAAUGCCACCCGCCGGCCGUGUCUCGCUGGCCGGCGUCCUCACCUGCCUCGUGUUAGUGGUGACGUCAUCCGUGGAACCUCUGGGGCAGAUUGAGGUUCCGCGCCACACCCCCCACCCCUCUACCACCACGCCACCCCCUGCCUCCACCCCUAUCACAUACAGAACCGGUCCCAGGGUGGACGCGCGUCACUCUGGCAACGUGUCCUCGGUGCUGGGGCGGCAGGCGUCCCUCAGGUGUAGAGUGGUGGACCGCGGUAACCAUACGGUGUCAUGGAUCAGGCACCGAGACCUGCAUCUCCUGACGGUGGAACAAUACACCUACACUUCAGACCAGCGCUUCAAGGCAAUGUACGAGCCGUCCACGGGAGACUGGGUGCUGCUGGUGGAGUGGGUGCAGGAGCGGGACGCCGGGGUGUACGAGUGUCAGAUUGGCACCACGCCACCACGCAGCCACUUCGUCACCCUCCAUGUUGUAGAGCCCCGCACGGAGAUCCUUGGCGGCGGUGACCUGCACAUCAACACAGGCUCCACCAUCAACCUCACCUGCCUCGUCCUGUACCACGCCCGCUCCCCCGACGCACUCAUCUGGCUCCACGAAGGCAAGGAGAUCCACUAUGACUCAGCGCGGGGCGGAGUGAGUGUGGUGACGGAGGCAGGCGAGGUGACCCGUUCCGCACUCCUCAUUCAGCGAGCCACUCCGGACGACUCAGGCAACUACACCUGCCAACCCAGAGGCGCCGACCCAGCCACAGCAAGAGUACACGUCAUACACGGCGAGCACCGGGCGGCAAUGCAAGGAGGCGUGGGCGGAGGUGGAUUCCCUGCCGAUACACGCUUGGUCACGUGGGCGGCCCUAAGCUGUCUAUGGUGGGCGUGGGUGGGGAGGGAGGUUAGACUACUGGAUCUAGUUUGGCGGCCUCCCUCACCCCCGCCCAUGCCACUCGUCCUGCUUCUCGCGUCACUGUUGCUGCCUCACGCCCUCGUCCUUGUCAUCCCCUUCCUGCCCCUGCCAACGCCCCUACCGCUGCCCUCCUAGAUGAUACAGGUCAGAGAAACAGCAGGAGUCAACGCCCCAAUCCUCCUGCCUGCGUGCGUGCGUCCAUCUGUCUGUCUAGUAGAAGUGUGACAGCCAGGCGAGGCAAGCCAUCUAUCUACCUAGUCAUGAGGCGGGCUGUGUGUCUGCGUCUGUGUGUGUGACUGACUAGCUGGCUGGUCGAUGGAUGGAACGACAACGAUGUUAUAUCAAUUCUGAGCCCAACUCGUUGUCAAUUUCACCACUGCCACCACGACCACCUCCUACUAUCACUACUAAGACCUUGAACUAUCUGCAGGACAGGGUGUGGUGUGCUGCGAGGUCAAGGGAAGGGGACAAGUUGUAAAUAUUUGUAUAAAGAUAAGGUUUACAAGGAAGAGGAAGCGAAGGAGGAGGGAAGGAGUGAGUAAGCUGACGAUUAUGUCCGGAAGUGUGAGAAAAGGAACGAUAGAGAAGUGAAUGAAGACGAAGGGAGUGUUAAAGAGAUAAAAAAGUGAGACGAUGGAGAUAAAAGGAUUAAGAGGUAUAGAGGAGGGAGGAUUGAAAAAAAGAAAGGUGGUCGCCAUAUUUUUUUUUCUUUUUGUGUGUGUGUUUGUAACUCUGUGAGAAGGAAAGAAAGCAGAACGAAAGUGAAAAUAAAAGAUUAACGAGGAAAGAAGAGAGAAAGAGAUGGAAAAAGAGAAAGUGAUAUAAGUGAAUGGGAAAAAAGGGGGAGACCAAAAGGCAAAAGGAAAGAAAAAGGGUCAAGAUGAAAAAAAGAAAAGGAGUGAGAAAAAUGAAAGCAAAAAAGGGAAAACUCAAAAGACGAAAGGAAAACAAAAUAAAAGAGUCUGGAUGAAAAAGGCAAUGUGAAAAAAAAGGUGAAUGGAAAGAAAAAGGAUUAAAAAGAGAAAGAAAGGAAGAAAGAAAAGUAAUGGUCUCAACGUGGCGUGGUGUCGAAAGCGUUUUUGGUGGAAAUGCAAUGCUCUCUCUCUCUCUCUCUCUCUCUCUCUCUCUCUCUCUCUCUCUCUCUCUCUCUCUCUCUCUCUGUAUCUUUGGUGUUGAAUACGUAUGUAUAAAAAAAUGUUUGUAGAAAUGAAUGAAAGUCAGUAAAGAAACUAUAUUUUUGCUCUGAAAUAACGUUCACAUUCAUUUCUGCACACACACACACACACACACACACACACACACACACACACACACACACACAUGCAGGACAAGGGUGUGAAGAGAGAAGUGUUGUCAACUGUACAUAUGUGAACAAACUUAACAUGUGUGUGUAUAUGUGUGUAUGUGUGUAUGUAUGUGUGUUUACGACCCCAUGCGAGACAGCAGCUGGUUCGUGUCUCAGUGCAGGUGUGGAAAAUAAACAGGUGUGUGUUGUGUGAAGAAAGAAAGAGGGAAAAGACAAAAAAAAAAAAAAAGCAAUAAGUGAGAUAACAA